UGUGCAUGCACAGCAGAAGUAUUACAGCACAUCACUCAGAGAUGAAAAAACACUUUUUUGAUGUGGUUAUUAUUGUCCUGAUCCUGAGGUUUGAAGGCGUGACCUCAUCAUUAAGAGAAGUAAGAAGUUCCUCGUUUGAAGUGAAGAAGAAGUGAAGCAGCAUUAAGCCAUCAGAGCUCUGAGAUGAAACACACUUUGGUCUGCGUCAUCUUCCUCACAGCACUUCAGGAUGGAAACACUGGUUUGGUCAAAGCACAAACUCUCACCCACAGAGCAGAGGAAGGAGGAAACAUCACAGUUAAAUGCAGCUUUUAUUUGUCUGGAAGCAGGAAACUCUUCUGUAAGGAAAAAUGUGAAAAUGGAAACAUUCUUGUGGAAACAUCUGAUGAUACAGCUCAGAACGGCAGAUACAGCAUUAAAUAUGAACAAGCAGAUAUAACCUCAUAUGAUACUCUGUAUGUGAGCAUCACACAGUUGAAACAGUCUGACUCAGGAUGGUACAGGUGCUCUUUGGGCAGAGCCUGGUGGACAGAUGGAAACGAUGAUUUUGAGCUGAUUGUCACAGAAGCUUCAACCACUUCAACACCAAACGGGACUCUGAGACCUUUUUCAGCUUCAGUGUUUCUCUCAUCAGCCUCCACACCACCAACAACACAGAGUUUAAGCUCAACUUCAGGAAGCUCCACACCUUCAUCAGCCUCCUCUGGAAGUUCAGAUGUGCUGAUUUAUGUGCGUCUGAUUCUGGUCGUUAUCAUCAGCAUCUUUUUAGCAACUUUGUUGAUUUUCUACAUGAUGAGGAGGACCACUAAACCCAAAGGACCUCCUGUGGAAUCUGAGCGUGCUGACAUCACACAGGACAACAACGUAUAUGUAGAGAUCAGAGAGGUGAACAGACAGAGCAGUUCACCUCCUGCAGGAGUGUCUUCAGUGUACGCUACACCAAAAGCCUCCAACAAGAUGGAGAUGAAAACAAUAGACCUCCACAGCCUCUCCGCCUCUCCUCACAACAAAGUCCAUGCCAGCCCUGCCGACCACACCACAGAUGCUUCACCUCCUCAUCUGUCCAAAAACAUCAGUAGUGAUGCUGCUGAUGGAACCUCGGUGGCUAACAGAUGAACAGAAUCCAUACAACAUUUAACAGAUGGCAUGAUGGUAUGACUGACAGGCUGUUCCUGGAGCAAGAUCCUUAAAUGCAGUCAGCAAAAAGGCUCCAGGUGGUAAACUUCAUCUAUUUUAUGUUAGUGUGUCUUUUAAUCAAACCACUGGAACUCAGAUAAACUUCUGUGUCACCUGUUACUGUUGUCAUCAGUCAGACUGAAACAAACACAACAAAAAGACAAAAAAAAAUUCUAAUGUAAAAAAACUUUAGAAAUACCUACAAUUAUUAAUAUUUAACUUUACAGCAUUACAGUACUCAAGUGCUCGAGUUUCAACAGAGACCAGAUGAAGGUCUGAACACCAGAUUGAAGUUAUGAUGCACAAUUUGAAAGAAAGGUCUUAAACAUUUUAUCCAUCCAUUCCCUUCAACAAGAGGGCUGGAGCCUUUUUCUUAACUGCCAUGAAGGCGAGAGGCAGAGCACAACCUGGACAGGUCACCAGCCUGUCGCAGGGAUAACACAGAGAGACAGACAACCAUUCACACGUCUGUGUAGCUUCUCAGUCAUGCAGGUCAUUAUAAUCUAAGGAGCUCUGAAAGAAAGCAAUUGGACUUGUUUAAGUUUGGUGACAAUGGUUCAUCUCUCAUCCGAGAGAUUUCUUCAGUUCUACAACCAGAUGGUGAAGAGUCCCAGGUAUUUAAACCCUAGUGGGUGUCGUGGCUUAAUGGGGUUGUCUGAUAAGACAGCAGUCCCCAAUCUUUUUUGCACCACAGACCGGUUUAUGUCCAACAAUAUUUUCACAGAUCGGCCUUUAAGGUGUCGCGGAUAAGUACAACAAAAUAAAACCAGUACGGUACCAAAAAAAGAAUAUUUAUUCAUAACACACAGGAAAAGACCCAGGGAAACAACACUCUGUUUCAUUUCUUCUUUUAAAAACUGGAAGAGCAACAGCACAGUGAGCGGUGACAACCUGAAAACUCUGGAUGAUUAGCAGCACAUCUAAAACAUUUCACAUGCAAACAUAAAAACAGCUGAUGAUGAUGAUGAUGAUGAUGAUGUCAUCAAAGAGAAAUUAAAGUCAAAUUUCAUUUUUGUGUCUUUUCCACAACCUUAAACUCUGAAUCUUCCACAUCAGAUGCUUUGUGUUCGUGUAUAAAACAGGAAGUUUGCUGUUUGCAAAUAAAAACAGAAAAAUGAAGUUAACUGAACUUCUGUGAUCAGUUCAAAUUAAUAAUCACCUGUCACAUUUAAUCUAUAGUAAGAUUGUAACUAAUGAUUGUUCAU